GUGGUUAAAGCCGGAGCUCACUGACCCCGAACUCUCUGUGGUCGAGGGAAGAUCCUGCGUCCGUGGAUGAGAGAGAGGCAAGGUUUAUUGAGGAUAAGAUUGCUGUCUUGUUCAUCAGUUGCCUCGUCUGCCAACACUGGGCCUCAUUUCCACACCCCACCACUUGCCUUCUCGUCUCUGUCCUAACCACACUCAUUGAUACACCAUUUGUGACGUCUGGGACACAGUGACCAAGACAGAGGUGGUGCAGUAGACACACUGUCCAGUCUCUCUCACGCCGGAUGAUGCCCUUAGCCUCUCUGGAGUCUCCGCCAAUCAGCAAAGACCACGACAAACCCUCCUCCUCCUCCUCCCCCUCCUCCUGUUCCUUUGUCCGUGAGAUGAGUCAACCAGGCCCCUCCUCCCUCUCCAAGCUAAGAGACCUUACUCUCGGCGAGCACCUCAAUCAUGAGAUGGCGGUGGACAUGCCGAUGAUGUGCGAGGACGGCGACGAGGACUCCAGCCAGUUCUCCAUGUCCCCUCGCGAGCACUUUGACCAUGAGAGCGAACUGUGCAUGCGCUACUUUGAGAGCUGGGCACAGACCCGCCAGACCGAGUUUGUGGAGCAGCUGGUGGCGAGAAUGUCGUUUCAUCAGCACGAACACAUCUACUCCAUCCUCAUGCCCAUGCUACAGAGAGACUUCAUCACCGCUCUACCAGGUAAGGGGCUCCACCAUAUCGCCUACAAGAUACUGUCCUACCUGGACGAGCGCUCGCUGUGUCGCGCCGAGCUGGUCUGCCACGAGUGGUACCAGGUCAUCACAGACGGGCUGCUCUGGAAGAAGCUGAUCGAGAGGAAGGUGGCCUCGGAGCCCGUCUGGGAGGGGCUGUCCGAGAGGAGAGGCUGGGGUAAGUAUCUUUUCCGACAUGUGGCUCCGUCGGAAGGAAUCAACCACCAGUUCUUCCGUCAGCUCUACCCAAGUAUCAUCAGUGACAUCUCUAACAUGGAGAGCAACUGGAAGAACGCGAGACACACUCUAACUCGAAUAGAGUGCCACAGCGAGAACAGCAAGGGAGUCUACUGCCUUCAGUACGAUGACCACAAGAUCAUCAGCGGCCUGAGGGACAACACCAUUAAGAUAUGGAACCGGGAAUCGCUGGAGUGCAAGCGAGUGUUGCAGGGUCAUACGGGCUCCGUCCUCUGCCUGCAGUAUGACGAGAAGGUUAUUGUCACUGGCUCCAGUGACUCCACCAUUCGAGUGUGGGAUGUGAGCAGUGGACAGAUGUUGAAUACUCUGGUCCACCACUGUGAGGCCGUCCUUCACCUCCGAUUCAGCGAUGCAACAAUGGUCACUUGCUCCAAGGUGGGUCUGUCUUUCCUCUGCUAUGAAUUGCUCCUCAUUCCUCCUCACUACUACAACCUCUCCUGCUCCUUCUCCUCUCCUCUCUUUUCUCCUUUUUCUCUGUCUCCAUUUCCCAGGACCGGACUAUUGCGGUGUGGGACAUGCGAGCACCUCACGACAUUGUCCUGCGAAGGGUACUGGUGGGCCACCGGGCGGCAGUCAAUGUCGUCGACUUUGACGACAGAUAUAUCGUCUCUGCAUCUGGCGACAGAACAAUCAAGGUGUGGAGGACUUCUACCAGUGAGUUUGUGCGAACUUUGCACGGCCACCGUCGCGGGAUUGCCUGUCUGCAGUACCGAGGGAACCACGUGGUCAGUGGCUCUUCCGACAACACAAUCAGGAUAUGGGACAUUGAGUGUGGGGCCUGUCUCAAACUAUUAGAAGGCCACGACGACCUUGUCAGAUGCAUCAGAUUCGAUGACAAGAGGAUUGUCAGUGGAGCCUACGAUGGAGCCAUCAAAGUAUGGGACUUCCAGGCAGCUCUGGACCCCCGGGCUCCGACUGAGAGCCUGUGUGUCAGAACACUCAGUGAGCACUCGGGGAGGGUGUUUCGGCUGCAGUUUGACGACUUCCAGAUCAUCAGCAGCUCACACGACGACACGAUCCUCAUAUGGGAUUUCCUUGAUCCGGUGGCCCCGGGACCCAUGGAGGUAGAGCAGGCGCAGCAGGCGACGCCAGACACUCCGCAGGGACCCCAGCAGCCACUCGGCCUGGCCACACAGGACUCGGUACAGGACCACGACGACUCCGCCUCCUCCCCAGACUCGGGUACCUUCAAACCACCUCCGAGUGCAUAGCAGCUUCUCUCUCUCUCUCUGUGUGUUUGUGUGUGGUGUGUGUGUGAGUUCAUGUAUGAACAUCACCACGUUUGUUUGCUUGCCAUUCCGGGCUUGGCACUUUUCCUUUGUGGCCUCACCUCUAUAUCAUUCUCUGCUUCAAUCAUUGAGUCUUUAAGCCUCCCUCUCUCCUUCGCUCUAUUAUCUAUGACCUACUGCACAUGUCAAGAAUCUCUCUCUGUGAAUAAAAAUGCCUACUCUACUCCACAAUGUAUGUGUAAGUCUUGUACUGUACACCGUUUCUGUAGAUCCCAUAGCAAACUUGUAUUGUACUGCCAAUACCCAAAGUUAUAUAUUUUUCUGUCACUCAUCGAGAAAUGUUGUCAUUUGCAACAUGGAUAGCAGUGAAAACAGAGAAGUGGAGCAGUAAAAGUGAAAAUGUGGGAAGUGGUUUAAAACUCUAGUCACUGUCAAAUGAAUAGCGCCUAAAAAAUGGGAUUUCGCGGAUGGAGUUCUCAACCUGUGCCUUUAUUACAGGGUCCCACUCAAUCAUUUCCCUGGAUUUCGACGUCGACUUGAAGGUCUUGUCGGCGCACUGUGCGAGGUAGUCCUUGGUGCAUGUUAGUUGAAGGAAACUGCAGAUUUCUGUCAUUAUUGCUGUCGGAUCUCGGAUAAAGUCCUCCGAGUGGAUUUGAAUCAGUUCCCAAUCGUAGUCCUCCCCUAACAUCAUGUGCAGGUAGUGGGCCUUUGUAAGUAUAGUGUCUGCUGCCCCGCGGAUGACUUUCUGGUUACUGUACUUGUGUCCCACUGAAGCAUUUACCUUAACGUCUUCAAUGGGGGACCCGCGGUAGAGCGAGAGUGUUGCAAUCAUGUCGUACGGGUUCCGGAUCACGUUUAUGACUUUCAGUGGGAGGUUUACUAGCGAUCGGAGGCUGCUGAGGUGACGAACGAAAUCCGUGGUGCUCUUUCUGUACAUGUUUGUCACCUCACCUGCAGCUUUGUCCCCCAGAUUCGCAGGCUCCGAAAACAGCCCUGCCAAGACCCGGACAGUUUCAGGUUGUAUCCCUUCUCGUUACGAAAGAAGGACCUCUCCCCGUACCGAGCAUUGCGAAAGCUGUUGGCGACAAGCUGGUUGAACAGUACCUUCCGGGACACCUUCUGAUUCUGUCUCUUUUUCGUG